UCUGAGUUCGCGGUGGGCGUGAUCGGCAAGUUCAUCUACGCGGUGGCGGGCCGCACGCGGGACGAGACGUUCUACUCCACGGAGCGCUACGACAUCACGGAGGACCGGUGGGAGUUCGUGGAGCCCUACCCGGUGAACAAGUACGGGCACGAGGGCACCGUGCUGAACGGGAAGCUCUACAUCACCGGGGGCAUCACCUCCUCCUCCACCUCCAAACAGGUGUGCGUGUUCGACCCGGGGCGGGAAACCGCCGUUAGCGUUAGCGUUAGCGUUAGCUCCGACCCUCUCCGGCGUGGCGUUCGGGGCUCCACGGCGCCCCCUGGUGGUUGUGGAGUUGUUGGCGGCACGCAUUCUGGUUGCUGGGAGAACAAAUCCAAAAUGAACUACGCGCGCUGCUUCCACAAGAUGAUCUCGCACAACGGGAAGCUGUACGUGUUCGGGGGCGUGUGCGUGGUGCUGAGGGCCUCCUUCGAGUCCCAGGGCUGCCCGUCCACGGAGGUCUACGACCCCGCCGCGGACGAGUGGACCAUCCUGGCCUCCAUGCCCAUCGGGCGCAGCGGGCACGGCGUGGCGGUGCUGGGCGGCCAGAUCAUGGUUCUGGGCGGGCUGUGCUACAACGGCCACUACAGCGACUCCAUCCUGACCUUCGACCCCGAGGAGAACAAGUGGAAGGAGGACGAGUUCCCGCGCAUGCCCUGCAAGCUGGACGGGCUGCAGGUGUGCAGCCUGCACUUCCCCGAGUACGUGCUGGAGCACAGCGAAGCCGUUGAACCCGCUCGUUACCCACAAUGCCUCGCUCUGCCCUCUCAGGUGAAGACGUCGGAGUUCUACCGCUACUCCCGGCAGCUGCGGCAGGAGGUGGACCAGGCGCUCAGCUACUUCCACGACGUGAACCAGCAACCUCUGGAGGAGACGCGCUCCAACCGCAUCCGCUCGGUUCGGCCGCAGACCGCCGUCUUCAGGGGAAUGAUCGGCCACAGCAUGGUCAACAGCAAGAUCCUGCUGCUGCAGCGCCCCAAGGUGUGUGUUUGUAUGUGUGUGUGGGGGGGGAUCAACAGGGAUGUGGGUUUUAUUCAUAAGAAGACAAAAAAGAAGAAGAGUUGA